UCUUCUUCUCCUUCUUCUUCUUGGAAAGGGGUAUCGAGGUUGGUGGAUGGAUGUUCACAAACGAUUUAGUGGUCAUGCUCAAAAUUGGCCAUUGUGGCAAGUUCUGUACAUUAUAAGAACUAAAGUGAUUAGAAGUAGCUAUAGUAAUCCGAUGAUAGCCGAAGUGACUUCAUAGACGACUGAGGGUUUGAUUAUUGCUAACAUUAUAAGAACCCACAGUUAUAAGAAGAGAUCGAACUCUGACAGGAAAACAUACAAUAUUUUCCACAGACACAGCUUGACUUUGUGUGGUUGAUUCUUUAUUCUUUUGUCGUUUAACUUAAACUCUUGAUUGCAUGUUUUUUGCAUUUAUUUUCUAUAGAUUCCUUGUCAAAACUACUUGAAGAUCUUUGUGACCCAAGUAACCUGCUCUACAAAAAGAAUGGAUGCCAUCUGGGUGUCCGGGAACCUGAUCCUGGCAGCAGCGCUGUCAUUGUCCUCAAAUGCUUGUGUUCUGAAUGUAACAACGUCAGAGGUUAAUGUGGGAAAAACAGCCAAUGUAUCACUGAAAUGUUUCACCCCCGAUCACCAACACGACAUUUCUGAACUCAUCAUGCUGAGAAUAUUAAAAUGGGAUCAUAACAAAUGGAGCAGUGUAGCAAAACUACAGCGAGGCGACGAUAUAGAAGUGAAAAACAAAACGGAAGAUGCAUUAGCAGACGGCAGAAUCAGCACUGUAGCUGACAGUUUUCUGUGGCUAACCUGGCCUGUGGCAACUUAUAACACAAUCGGCCAAUACCUCUGCGACGCCGUUAGCUCCACAUUGCAAGAGAGCGUCACGCAUCAGAAAAGUCUUCCGGUUAUUAUCACCUCUAAUAGUAGUAAUAGGGUCUUUGCUACACAAGUCCUUGGCGAAACAUUGCAGGAGUACAAUAAUAGAAGGUUUCUUCUCAAAGAACAAGACGAAGAGGAAAACAUGGCGGGAACAGUGGAGGCUCACGAGGAGGUGGGAUUCGACAGCAAAUUGAGGAACCAGGUACAGACCCUGAGCCACAUGGCGAUGGAGAGCAACGCAGAAUAUUAUGAUCCUGGUCAACUGAACUCACCAGAACGUCAGAUCUUGGAAAAAAUACAGGCGACUGCACAGCGUCUUGAAACGUAUUCUGAGAGCGAUUUGAACGGCCUGGAUGAUCCCCAGAUGUGUGCGGACGUUCAGGGUCUGGGUCCCCGACCAGUUGUACUCCUCCACCAAUGUAUGGUAGUCACCUGUGACACCGUCACCGACAACGGUGGCUGGAUCGUGAUACAGGGGAGAUACGAACUGGGGUUCGAUUUGACAUUUGAUGGAACCUACUACUACGCCAGCUACAACAACUUUUUGCUGAGUGGGGAGCCGGAAAACUACAAAAUUCAGAUUUCCGGAUUUUCGGGUAAUGCAAGUGACGACAUGACCAUUAACAAUGGCCAGGUGUUCUCAACCAAGGACCGUGACAACGAUGCAACUGUUCGUUUCAGCUGCGCCAAUAAUCAAAAGGGAGCUUGGUGGUACAGGAGGUGCAGUUUAGUGAACCUCAACGGAUUGUGGGGUAGCACAGAAUCCAGGAAGGGCAUGAGAUGGGUCAGUGUAACCGGAUAUCGCAACUCCGUCACCUUCAGCGAAAUGAAGAUUCGAAUUUACAUUGAGUGACAGCUUUAUGACUCCGAAUAGUGUACUCGAGUAGCUGGUUAUGUGUUGAAUAAUGUUUGUGUCACUAUGAGUGUGUUUUUGUUUGAGGCAUAAUGAGACCAGCUUCCAAAUUUUAGAGUUGUGAAUCGUUUCAUGCACAGGCACUUACACAAGCAUUCUACACAAACACACACACACACACACACACACACACACACACACACACACACACACACACUCACACACA